AUGAGGUCUGGCAGCAGUGUUUUCAGCAGCACACAUGACGGCAUUUCCUGCAGUGGAAUCACAGAAACAGCUGGUGUGCUGCGCUUGAGCCGAGACCCACCUUUAGGAGACGCUUCAGUGCCUAGGCUUAGGGUCCGGGAAUCUCUUCUGACUGAAAUGAAGAGCCCAGCAUUCAUUCUGCUGGUCGUCUGGAGCUGUGCUGUGUGUCCCAGUAAACCAUCACAGCGAGGCACAACUGCCCAGACCAACAACACGGAGACUUCUUGUAAUGGACGCCCCCUGGAUCUGGUCUUUGUGGUCGACAGCUCUCGCAGUGUCCGGCCCGAUGACUACGAGAGGGUGAAGACCUUCAUCAAGGAUGUGCUGCUGUUCUUGAACGUGGGUCACAAUCAGACGCGCGUGGGACUCCUGCAGUUUGGCAGCGUAGUGCAGAAUGAAUUCUUCUUAAACAGCUACUUUGAGAAGCAGCACCUGUUGCGCGCUGUCGAGCGCAUGGAGCACCUGGCGUCGGGAACCAUGACGGGUUUAGCGCUGCAAUUCAUGCGCGAGGAGGCGUUUUCUCUGGCUCGCGGUGCUCGGCCCGCCCACAUGCAGGUGCCCCGCGUCGCCAUGGUAGUGACCGACGGCCGGCCGCAGGACUCUGUGGAAGAGGAAGCGGCUCGUUCCCGGCAGGACGGGAUAGAGGUCUUCGCGGUGGGCGUCGGCCGUGUCGACAUGGCAACCCUGCGAGCCAUCGGCAGCGAGCCGUACACGGAACACGUGCAUCUGGUAGCCAAUUUCAGCCAGAUAGAAACCCUCGUUUCUGUCUUUUACUCAAAGCUGUGUGCAGAAUCCGAUCCGUGUGCAUCAGGAAAACACGACUGUGAAAACGAGUGCGUAAACACAAACGAUUCAUUCAUGUGCCGCUGCAGAAAAGGUUUCACGCUCACUUCAGAUGGUAAAACGUGUGGUCUGGAUUGUAAACGUGGAUCUGUGGAUCUCAUGUUUGUCAUGAAUGGCUCCAAACAUUUGGGCAUUACCAGUUUUGACCUACUGAAGCAGUUUAUCAGCAGAAUGGUGAGCGCUCUGCCAGCCGGCACUCGGGUCGGGCUGCUCCAGUACUCCACUAAAGUCCGCAGCGAGUUCACUUUGGGCCAGUACAGCAGCGCUAGCGAGCUUCAGCGAGCGAUUGCAGCCGUCCACUAUAUGGGACGUGGUUCCGUGAUUGGCUCCGCGCUGCACUACCUGAUUCAGAACAGCUUCAGGAACAGCAGCCGAACAGUUCAGAUGGUCGCCAUUGUACUUACAGACGGACGCUCUCAAGACAGCGUGGGCAAAUGGGCCAGCAAGGUCAAAGCUGAUGGUACUAAGUAUGCAGUGGGUGUGGGAGAGACUGCAGAGGAAGAGCUGAAUUUUAUAGCAUCAGAGCCGCAGCAGAAACAUGCAUACUACGCAGAAGACUUCGGCAAAAUGGAGCACAUCGCAGACAAACUGAAGACUCAGAUUCACAGCUGUGAAGAUCAGCUGUCAGUGUCACAUCAGUGCAAAUGUGGGAAGAUGAUGCUGUUCCACAAUAAGACCACUGAAGCUCUGUUGAGGAUUUCACAAAAGCUAGACACUGUCAUGAAGAGGAUUGAACUGCUGGAGAAUCAAAAUGAACUGCUGUGA